AUGUGCUUUCUUUUUUCUUCGCAACGAAAGCACAAUGCCCAAAUUUACGUAUCUAAAAAUACUACUGUCCGUUCUCCUUUCUCUCUUGUUUUUGUAUCUUUUUUAGUUCAUCUUUCACACUCCUACCACCAUUUUUUCCCUUAUUCUCUCUUUUGCUUACUUUCUAAUAAACUCAUUUCUGUUUUUCUCAGUUCCAAAGUAAUUAUCUAUUAUCUAACUCUGCUCAUAUCUGUCUAUCAAUAUCUGUUCAUAUCUGUCCUUCUAUAUUCAUCUAUCUAUCUAUCUAUCUAUCUAUCUAUCUAUCUAUCUAUCUAUCUAUCUAUCUUUGUUCAUAUCUGUGUAUAUCAGUUCAUAUCUAUCUAUAUUUGUUCAUAUCUGUUUAUAUCUGUUCAUAUCUAUCUAUCUAUCUAUCUAUCUAUCUAUCUAUCUGUCUGUCUGUUCCCUAUCUAUUUAUCUAUCUAUCUAUAUUUGUUCAUAUCUGUCUAUAUCAGUUCAUAUCUAUCUAUAUUUGUUCAUAUCUGUCUAUAUCUGUUCAUAUCUAUCUAUCUAUCUAUCUAUCUAUCUAUCUAUCUAUCUAUCUAUCUAUCUAUCUAUCUAUAUCUGUUCGUAUCUGUCUGUUCGUAUCUAUCUAUCUAUCUAUCUAUCUAUCUAUCUAUCUAUCUAUCUAUCUAUCUAUCUAUCUAUCUAUAUCAGUUCAUAUCUAUCUAUCUAUCUAUCUAUCUAUCUAUCUAUCUAUCUAUAUCAGUUCAUAUCUAUCUAUCUAUCUAUCUAUCUAUCUAUCUAUCUAUCUAUAUCAGUUCAUAUCUAUCUAUCUAUCUAUCUAUCUAUCUAUCUAUCUAUCUAUCUAUAUCUAUAUCAGUUCAUAUCUAUCUAUCUAUCUAUCUAUCUAUCUAUCUAUCUAUAGCCUACUCCAACUUUCCACAAGCACCAAAGGCAUUACCACCACGUUUAAAAGCAAAUAAAAGUACUUCGUCAACGUCAGUUUCUGUGACGAAGGUGGGGCCUUCGUCACCCCUCCUUUCAUCUGACACCACCAUCACCGCCACAAACGGUGGUGUUUUUCCACUGACUUUGUAA